AUGGCUCAAUAUAUUGAUGGCUUAUUGGGCGCCAUGAUCAUUCAUGAUCAUGAGGAUCCGUACUUGAAGGAUUAUGAUUGUGAUUAUGUUGUUACCUUAGCUGAUUGGUAUCAUCAAACAUCUGCUGAAUUGUUGUCUCAGUUUUUGACCCCUGGUUAUCAAGGACAAACUCCUGUGCCCGAUUCUGGUCUUAUAAGUGGAAAGGGGCAGUAUGCUAAAAAAGAUUCCGAAUUGGCUGUUUAUAAAGUUCAGAAAGGAAAAAAAUAUAGAAUCAGAAUAAUUAAUACAAGUGCUGAAGCGCACUACAUUUUCUCGAUCGAUGGCCACAAAAUGAAAGUGAUUGAAGUUGAAGGCACUUAUGUAAAACCUUUCUAUGUUAACCGCCUUCUCCUUCAUAUAGCUCAACGAUACUCUGUAAUUGUUGAAGCCGAUCAAGAUGCUAAGGACUAUUGGGUACGUGCUACUAUAUCUCCAGAGUGUAUCCCUAAUGAUAAUAUGACUAUUAACCAUGACUCUGCAAUCAAUUAUAAUGUUACUGGUAUUCUUUCUUAUGAAGGCUCCAGUUCUGGCGAUAAAGGACCUGAUUCUGAACCGUUCACUGAUGAUGUUACUCCAUGCAUGAAUCUUGAUUCUAAAUUAAUAAAACCUCUGAAUGACUGUCCACCUAAGGAUGCUACUGAAACUGUUUCAUAUACAGUAUCGUUUGGUGUUAACGACAUGAAAGUUGUUGAAGCUUUAAUAAACAAUUCAAGUUAUAUUCCAGAUUAUUACAACCCCACAACCUUGAAAAUUAUGGAUGAUAAAGCUAACAUGAAAGAUUUUCCAAGAUCACAAAAUAUAGGAGAAAUAAAUGAUGACAAUGGUGUUGCUGAAAUCGUCGUGUGGAAUAAUAAUUCGGCCGAUCAUCCAUUCCACUUGCACGGUCAUACUUUCUGGCUCAUGGGAGAUGGUGUAGGAACCGAUUAUGACAAAAGUUCUUUAAAUACUGUUGACCCUCCUAUUCGUGACACUACUGUAGUUCCAGCUUGGGGUUGGUCAGUCAUACGUUUUAACAUUGAUAACCCUGGUGUUUGGGUUUUCCAUUGUCACAUUGAAUGGCACAUUCAAAUGGGAAUGCUUGCACAAAUUGUCGAACUUCCUCAUAAAUUAAAAUCUCAAAAAUUACCUGAUAAUGUUCAAAAUUUAUGUA